UUAAGAAAUUAACCUAGAAAGAUUAUUAAUUAAUUAUAAAUUUAGUAUUAGUAUAGGUUCAUUUGAAAACUAGCCUACAAAUAAAUGGUACGGUAUGCGAUUUUAUAAGUGCAAACAUUUUAAGGGAAGUGUGAAAAUUGUUUGAACCAUCAAAAUAUAAUUCAUUUUCACUGUUUGUCCUGCUCUAAUAUAAAGACAAUUAACACAACUAUUGUGAAGUAGGCAGACCAGGGUUUAUUGGAAACAUUUCUGUUCUGGGUAAUGGGAUUAUGGCACCAAUGAAUUCUCUACCAAAAGCUGUUUUGUCUUCUCCGAGUCAGAGUGACAAUCAAGGAUCCACAUUGAACACGAGUCUUAACAACACAUCAUCCAUAAUUCUGAGCAGACUCAAAUUUGAAGAAGCCAUUGAGAAAAGCAGUGCUCAGAUAGAGAAAGAAGCGCAUCAGAAGCGACUUAAAAACUUGAGAAAAGAACUUGACUUUCUCCAGACUACUUCUUGGAGAUAUUCACCCAUAGAUAUCUACAUCGGACAGUAAAAGUUUUACAGGGACGGGAUGUGGUCAGCAGUCACCAAAGUAGGUCAGCUGCUGGGACUGAGCCGUCCAGAGCCUCAGGUGGACUGGGACGCAGUGGCAGCAGUGUUAGAUGCUGAGGACGAAACACACCACAGCGACCUUGAAGAUGACGUUAAGGUUGACAACACCGUUGAAGGCCAGGUCGCUUGUCAACACAGGACAGGAGUCAUCACAGAACUGUAUCAGACUCAUGGAUACAUCACUAGUGCUUCUAGUGGAGAAGAGGGAGAAAAUCGCCCUUUGUACUUCCAGUUGAAGAAUGCUCCAGAAAACCUUAAGGUUGGCAACCGUGUUGUGUUUCUUGCUUUCCGCUUAGCUGAGGAUAGUGACUGGGUUGUCAGGAAGGUGUUGUAUGUCGACAAUGAACGCUGGGAUGAUAAAAAUGAAGAUGAAGAAGAAGACAACACUCAGCAGUCUGUUGUCAAGGAGGAGUGUGAGACCGCUUACAAACACGUAAUUGGGAAGAUCACAGGGAGAAAAGGUCGAACAGUCUUUGCUGAGGAUGUCCAAUUUUCUUUAGACUCAGUAGAGAUAGAUUUUAUUCCUGUAGAGGGUGACUGGGUGAGUCUUAGCUCGCUGGUACAACCCCAGUCCGAGGGAGACACGGUGUUGAUGGUAGAUCGGGUGAGUCCACUGCGUAGCUGCACUCGCGAGGGUCAGGUGAGCCACUGGACACCCGAUUGUCAGCUCGGCAUUGUAGAUGGAGAGGUGGUGUUCAGCAAAGACGCUUGUGAGCCUGGAUAUCUGCCCAGAGUUGGGGAUCAGGUAACCGUUUACUGCAUUGAAAGUGAUCAAGGUCAACUGACAUGGAGGGCAGUGCAAGUGGUUGCAACUUCGGAGAAAGCCAUACAGUCAUCACAGGAUCAAACAUUGACAUCACUGCUACAAGACAAACAAGGCAUCGUUAUAUCUGAAAACACCAACUUUGGAAUAGUCUCCCUUGGACAGGAGAAGGAUAUCAAGAUUGACAUAAGUAAUGAAGGUGCCAGUCCUCAGACGCUGAUUGGUGUAGAGAAGACAAAUCGAGAGUCACAGUUUCAGCUUCCACCGUUCUCCUUCCCUCUCCCUACCACCCUACAGCCCCAUGACACACUGCAUGUCACUUCUAAGGUACAGGGAAGGUUUGUAGGAAGAUCCAGUGAAUUGUUGAGAUUCCAUUUUGAAGGGUUUGAAAUUGGAAGACAAUUGGCAGUGGACGUUCAGAGUGCGUCUUUAACUACUUCCUUGGCCGAAAGUAGAAAAAGUGGGUACAAGCAAACUGAGCAAAAACCUCUCACUGUAAGGAAACUUUUGGCAACAAGAAACGGAUUCAUCGUCCCCGGAGUCAGGCCAAUCAAGCCAGCAAAUUUUGUACCUGUACACUUAGGAAGAUUCACUAUACCCGAAGAACUAGAGAGGAUAGCAUUGGGGUCUGAUAAAGCAGUCAGGACAUAUGAAGUGAUUGCUGAACUACUGAAGAAAUAUCCUUCUCUUGCGGGAUCCUUGAAUGGCCAGAACUAUAUUGACAGAUGGGACAAGGUUAUACAUGUUGAGGAAGUGGCACACAGAGCAAACAUAAGCCGGUAUGACACAACAGCAGCCUUGCACCGUGUAGAUGAGUAUCUCAGCCUGGAGAUACCUGGGUUGGCUGAGAGACGCCCGUCACUGAUGGUUGGCGACACUGUCAUCGCAAGACCUUCCUGGACUGAUGCUAACUCUUGGGCAACAGACAAUAACACUGUCGCAUAUGAGGGGUUCAUCCACAAAGUGUUGAGUAAUGAAGUGCUACUUAAGUUCAACCCUACGUUCCACGACACUUGUAGUGGCGUCUACUCCAUCAACUUUGAAUCUAACCGUACUUCCUUCAGACGUCUGCACCAGGCUGUGCAUGUUGGACACAAGAACUUAUGUGCUGAGUGGUUGUUUCCCAGCAAAGUUACUUACCAGCCGCCUCAGGUUAUAAUUGUUGACGAAGCAAAUCAUAAUUCAGUUGGUGCAACUAUCAAGUCUGAAUCUAAUACAGAUAAUAAUAUUAAUCAUAAAAAUUCAUCCCAUAUCAGUGAAGCAAUUGAUAUAGACUGUGACAAUAAUAUCAGUAAUGGUGGUGAUAAUGCUCAAGGUAUUGCCAAAGAAGAAAGUGCAAUCCAAAAUAGUUUAGAAAAGUCAGUGAAUGAAAUUGAUAAUACCACACAAGAGUUCAGUAAAAACACAGGCACCAACCAAAAUGGUUUAGACAAAUCAGUUAUUGAAACAUUUAUUUCCUCUGAACAAAGUAUCGAGGACAGUGUAAACUCUGCAAUCAAUAAUGUAAAUAAUGUUGAUAGUUCAAAGACAAACCGAUCUAAAAACAAGCGUCAAAAGAGUAGAGUAUCAGAUAUGUUUGAAAAGUUACCACUGAAAGAUGAAAUCCCAAAAGUGUCAUCUCCCCCAAGAGUUUCAGUUGUGGAUAGGUUUCUUCAGAAUGGAAAUUGCCAUUCGAUAGAAAAAGGUUCUAAAGAAAUGGAUGAUGUGUUUCGACGCAUAAUGGGAUUAAAAGUACCGAAGAGAAAAACUGAAAUGAAAACAUUAGAAGAGAUAGAAAAGACAUUGCUAUCACAUAGCAAUGUCUUAAAAGAAGAUAUCAAACCUUUACCUUCUGCGGAGGACAAAAAAUCUACUCAAACCAUUGAGGAAACACAAGGUUGUAAUAAAAAGAAAAACUUAUCCGAAGAAAUAAAUCAGAAUCAAUCCAGCAAAGAACAAAAGAAAGAAAAAAACACAAGGGCAAAAAACAUAGAAAACCAAUCAUCAAGACAAAAGAAAGAACAAAAAAUAAAAUGGAACUCUAACACUGAAAUGAAAUUGGGAAUUGAAAAAGAAAGUGUUUCCAAUAUUCCGCUGUGGAAAAGGACAAAAAUCAGAUGGUUUAACCCACUACUGAACCACCAUCAAAAGGAAGCUGUCCGUAAUAUACUGAAAGGUGAAGCGAGACCUCUUCCUUAUGUUAUUUUUGGACCUCCUGGCACAGGCAAAACCAUCACAGUUGUUGAAGCGAUUCUCCAAAUAUACUUCCUCAUUCCUGAUAGUAGACUGUUGGUAGCGACUCCUAGCAACUCCGCAGCAGACUUGGUGUGCGAGAGGCUGCUGCAGAGUGGACUGCUGGCUGCAGGAGAUCUGCUGCGGCUCUGCAGCUUCCACUACGCAGACCAGGGCAGAGUACCUGACAGUCUGCGGCCUUACUGUGGUACUGCGGAUAUCAAGGCUAGAGACGAGCAGAGGAUGCCUGUGCCCAACCAUGUACAAGAAGGUGUAGUGAACAUCUCCCGCCAUGCUAUUGGUCGACACAGGGUGACUGUGGGUACGUGUGGCGCCCUAGCUGUCCUCUACCAGAUGGGCUUCCCCAAGGGACACUUCACACAUGUUGUGGUGGAUGAGGCCGGCCAAGCUACUGAACCGGAGAUUCUUAUACCUCUAGUGUUCCUACACAAGUCUCACGGCCAAGCCAUUUUAGCGGGGGACCCUCUGCAGCUCGGUCCAGUGGUGAUUAGCUCAGUUGCUGAACACUUUGGUCUAGGAGAGUCGUUCUUGUCCCGGCUGCUGCAGCGCAGUCUUUACUGCAGGGAUGUUGUUGGUUUCCCCUCUACUGGUGGAUACAACCCCCAUCUAGUCACUAGACUGGUCUACAACUACCGCUCUCUCCCAGAGAUACUGCAACUGCCCAACAACAUGUUCUACCAUGGAGAUCUGAUACCUAAGGUUUCAGAUGUGACCAGUGAGGAAGCAGAAAUACUGGACAGGUUGAGAUCGCUGUUGCCAACACGUGAGGACCAGAGUCCCCCAGCCCUGGUGUUUCACGGAGUCAGAGGCACCAACUGUCAGUCCCAAGAAAGCCCCAGCUGGUACAACCCUCAUGAGGCCGUACAGACAACCUUGUAUCUUCAGAGUCUGUACAACGCAGGGUUGACACCUGACCAGUGCGGCAUUAUCACUCCAUAUCAAGCUCAGGUACUGAAAAUCCGCUCGCUCCUAGAAACCUUGGAAGUGGAGCCUCCAAAGGUUGGGUCGGUCGAAGAGUUCCAAGGUCAAGAAAGGAUGGUGGUAAUCUUGUCUACAGUCAGGAGCAGCCCUCGACUGGUCGAGACUGAUUUACGACACUCAGUGGGGUUCGUGUGCUCUCCACGCCGGUUGAACGUAGCUAUAACAAGAGCUCGGGCUUGUCUCAUCGUGUUGGGCAACCCUCAUCUGCUAGCACGAGACCAGUACUGGCGCACGGUGCUGCGUGAUUGUGUGAGCCGAGGAGGCUAUACGGGUUGUGAUCUGCCAGCUGAUCUUGAUAAACAAUAGAGAUGCCUCAGCUGUACUGUAUAAUUUGUACAUAAGUCAUGGACAAUCCAUUUUACUUAAUUCACAAGAACUUGAAUUGUUGGGUUAGCAGGGUUGUGCACGUAGGAAAGACUCUAUCUUGGUGCAAGAAAAAACAUUUUACAGUAUAAAAAACUUAGAUAUUUCUGUUGUUAAUUGAGAAAAUUGAAACUUUCAUGAAAGGAUGAUUUAGGUUUAGAAAAAACUAUGUCUUCAGAUAAAACUGCCUGGUUCUUCAGGCAUCGUUGGUUCAAAAUGCUGUCAUUGACAGUGACAUUAAUUUAUCGGGCAGUUGUGUAAAGUUAUGGUGUUUUCUAGUACUGAAACGAAUCUUUCCCAUUAACACGUUGACUGCUAACGCCGGCGUCGCUGCUAAAGCCGACAAAAGUCGCCACCAGACCAACUGAAAUAUAUCGAGUCUGAGUGAGAUUAGCCUCAGACGGAGGACGUUUUAAUCAUUGCCAACCUGUAGCUUAGAAUGCGAGCUUUAUUUUGUUGUAGGUUGGCACUAAAAUUUCCUGUAAAAUCCCGUCUGGCAAUGCUUUUGUCCACAUUACAAAGACACUGACUACGGAUCCAGGCAGUGCUGCUACCUUUGGGUGUUUCAGUGAACUAUGUUCACUCUUGGGGUAACGCAGCACAAUCAUCAUUGCUAGUUUGUGAUUCGUCAGACUGAAAUAUUUGAAUGCCAAUUGCAUUCGCUUAUUCGGUGGUGCGCUGGGGCUUCGCCCGCCAGUGGGGUGCGCCUGUACGUUAUUUUCAGCAGUUAACGUGUUAAGGAAAGCCUGCGAUCCAAACAAUUGUACGUUUUAAACAAAUGAUUCUUGUCACGUUUAUGAGUUAGUUGUUUUCAUUUAACUUUUAAAACCCACAAGUUCUUUAUUUUACUAUAUCCACUAUGUAUAUUAUUAUUUUUUUUUUUAUGUUUGUAAGUGUUUUCCUUCAAAGAAGAAAAUAGUAAUUGUGGUUCAGUUUUUCUUAUGUGAUAGUUUUUGUAUUUACUUUUAGUUUAGGAAAAUAUUGGAGACGACCAUGUCAUGCCUAUUUAUUUAAUAACAAAAUGGCAAUGAAUCAGUCUUUUGUGGCAGUUUCUAACCUGCUGUUUACAGUAGGUUUUGAUUUACAAAACAAUGUUUAACUGGAAUAUUUAAUGUUUCAAAAUAAUCAAAAUCAAUUAAUCAAAACUGCAUACAAUCCCUUAUGAUUAUUCAGCAAUUAAUAUGAAAUUGACGUUCGUCCAUUGCAUGUGCAAAUUCUUAAUUUACCACUGUUUUUAAUUAAUAAUAACUCAGUGUUUGGGUUUUUUGUAACUCAAUUUCUUAAAUGUCUUUGAUACUAAAUUAAUAUAAGCUCCAAUACUUUCUUGCAUUCUCCUAAUGUUCCUUAAUUAGUUUUAAUUUGUAUUGCCCUUUUAAUAGAAAUAAAGUGCAUUUGUUGACAGUCUCGACCCUCGAGCGAAAGAAGACAACCAACUGUAAAUUAGAGCAAAAUAUAUUUUUGUUUGUUUUGUUUGAACUGUAAAAUAUAAUUUGCAAUAAUAUAACUGUCUUAUUUUAAGUUGUCUAAAUAGUAUAUAAAUAAAUUUGACCAAGUUAAAUUAGUUCAAUAUAUUUAAUUUAUAUAAUGUGGAAAGUGUUUUUAUUGAGCACAUAAUAUUUAUGAGGUUUAUAAUCCUUCUAUUCAUUAAAAAAGUACAAUGUACCUUGAAUGUAUUGUAUGCUUAGAAUAAUUAGUCAAUCUAACUAAGGAUACAAAAAAUCCUAACCCUAAAAUCCUUGUUUGUUUGUUUAUGAUAUAAUUUUUCAAGAAUUUUUUUAGCCCUAUAACAUUUGUGUACAUGUUUUAAAUCAACCAAAUCAGUAAUUACAUCUAGCUUUGAGAUUUUGAUUGCUCUGUUACAGCUGUAGCUAACUAACCUUUGUCACUUUCCACAGAAAUAUAAUAUUAUUUGAAAAUUAAAUUAUAUUUCAUAUUGAUUUUGAAACAAACGUUUGUAAAACUUGAAAAAUAGCUAUUUACCUUACAAGUGUAGUAAGAGCGUUUUUACAUCACGCAGGUGAAUGUUAGAUUACCGAAGUGAUGAAAACACGCUCUUGCGUAACGUGUAACGUACAAGAUUUUACCUGACCCGACAAUAUAAAGGAGGUUACGAACAAUAUUUUUCAUUAUCCAUUUCACUCAUCUUCUAACAGUAACGUUCGUUUACAAACAAAAGCUAGGUUAAGAAAAUUCUUCAAAACAUAACAAUAAAAUUCAAGCGCACAGCUGAUUUCUAGCGUUGAACGUCGUUGGCUCCAUAGAGGUAUAUUUUUUAAGUUAAGCACUCAAUGUUAUUUCAAUGGGUUUCAUUACAUCACCGAGUGAGUUUUUUUCAACUUUACAUCACUCGAGAAGUAACGAAGUUAUAUACAUCACGCUUGGGAUAGGGAAGUUUAACAUGGCGGGUUAGGUAAAAGUAGUUAUAGCCUUGAAAAAAUACAGUACAUACAUGUUUUCUACUUUCUUGACUCUUUCAUAUGAAUAAAUAUGAUUCACAACCAUGUGAUUUUCAUUGUGCGUUUUAAAUAUACCUACAGUAGGGACCACAAGAGUCUGCAGUUGGUGGCAGCCAAUCGCAAGACAAGGCUAGUGCGACGUUGCCAUAUCGCCCGUUGAUGACACUAAUUAAAAUACUAAACAAUAUUUUCAAAUCAGCUGGUAUUAUUAUUUGGCAACAACGCGCGGUUCUCAUUGGCUACUUUGAAGUCUCGUGGUAAAUAGGCUCCUCCCUCAAUUUCAGACUCUCGUGGACUGUACUAUAGAAAAAGUAAUUUUUUAGUGGUUCUCAUGCUAAAAUCAUGACAGUACACUUUCAAAUAAUCGAGGUUUUUGGGACCAAAACUAAUUCGGUUACUGAGAAUCUUGGAUAACACGGACGUCUCUUAGAUUUUGAGGCUAUGGGAUAAGGUAAUACAUUAAGAAGUCAAAUACUUUUUCAUGCAAAAUCUUUUAAAAAGAUAAGGUAAUGUUAUUCCGGAAAACAAUGACUCAACAUGCUCAACACUUCCCAAAUUGAAAAAAAAAUUUAAAUACAGUAUUUUUAAAAUUAUGCUGAACCAACAUACUACAGUAUGAAAUAAAAACACAAUAAGGUGGAUUUUUAUGGUUUAUAAAGUAUAAAAUAAAAUUACUUUUGAUUUGAGUUUGACCUGUGCUAUGACACAAUUAUGUCAAUUUCAAAACAUUGUAAUAAUGACAAAGACUUUCAAUAGGUAAUGCUUAGGUAAUGUAUGAGCAGAAUUACCAUGGCUCACUGCUAUUGUUUACAUUCUGCCGCCAACUCGUCCAGCUUGCCAAUGGUUGGCACUUGGCAGCCAACCUAUUACUGUGUGAUUUUCAUUUUCUAGGUUAAUGCAGAUCAUUCGUGACUGUUCUGUAGCAUCAAAGUUGCUUUACUUGUGUUAAAUACAAAGGCGAGACAGUACUUGUAUUUUAAUUUGCACUUUGAAAAAACAUGGAUCAGCUGAGGGAAAGAAUCAGUCAAGUCUUUGAGAUACUUUCAUCAUGAAACCAUGAUUUCUUUUACUGUCUUCCCCCACCACACUAUCUAUCAUGUUAUGUAU